GAGAGAGAGAGAGAGAGAGAGAGAGAGAGAGAGAGAGAGAGAGAGCGAGAGAGAGAGAGAGAGAGAGAGAGAGAAGGAGAGAAAGAGAGAGGGAGAGAAGGAGAGAUUUGCGUGCUCCCUCUUCUUUCAUUGCGGUUGACUUGUUGAAGAAAUAAAAGAAAGAAAUAACAAGAAGAAAGAGUGCGGGGAGAUAAGAAGAAAAAGCAUAAGCUUGGAUAUUGAACGGAGCGGGGCAUGUGGAUAUUGGCUCUCAUCUUUUCCCAGUGCAUCUUGAAUGUUUUCUGUGAAGAUCUACGUUCCAGCUUAUAUUUUGUCAAUGCAUCUGUGCAAGAGGUAGUGUUCGCCAGCACCACAGGGACAUCGGUGCCCUGUCCCGCCGCAGGCCUGCCCCCUGUCUCACUGCGCUGGUACCUGGCCACAGGCGAGGAGAUCUACGACGUGCCAGGGAUCCGCCAUGUGCACCCCAAUGGCACCCUUCAGAUCUUCCACAUCCCCCCUUCCAGCUUCAGCAAACUCAUCCACGACAGCACCUACUAUUGCACAGCGGAGAACCCCUCAGGGAGAAUCAGGAGCCAAGAUGUCCAUAUUAAGGCUGUCCUUCGAGAGCCCUACACUGUCCGGGUGGAGGACCAGAAAGCCAUGAGAGGCAAUGUGGCGGUCUUCAAGUGCAUUAUCCCUUCCUCAGUGGAGGCCUACAUCACUGUUGUGUCCUGGGAGAAAGACACAAUGUCAAUCAACGCUGAAAGCUGGGUGUUGGAUGAGGUUGUUGAUGGGAGACACAAACAUUCAGUGUCUCGGUUUCUCAUCACGUCCACGGGAGCCCUGUAUAUCCUGGAUGUGCAAAUGGAAGAUGGGCUGUACAACUACAGGUGUAUGACACGCCAUCGAUACACAGGAGAGACCCGACAGAGCAAUAGUGCCCGCCUCAUUGUCUCAGACCCCACCAACUCAGCGCCCCACAUCCUGGACAGCUUCGAGCGUCGUGAGGUGAUGGCAUCUCAUCGAGUGGAGUUGCCCUGCAAGGCCUCUGGUCACCCCGCACCCAAGUACCGCUGGCUAAAGGACAACCGGCCUCUGGAGCCUGACACACGCUUCAGACAGAGUGUGACAGGCCUGCUGAUAGAGAGAGCCCAUCCCAGUGACACAGGGACGUAUGUGUGUGAGGUGUGGAAUGGCUACGGCAAUGCUGAGGUGGUUGGCAGGCUGCUGGUAAAAGAGCCCCUGAAGGUGGUGGUGAGUCCACGGAAGGUGAAGGGCAGUGUGGGAAGCCAAGUUUCACUGACCUGCGGUGUAACCGGCUCUGAGGAAUACCAGCUCUCCUGGUACCGUAAUGGAGAGCUCAUCUACCCCAGUAACAGCGUCCGCAUGACAGGCGAGAACAGGGAGAACCUGGUUAUGGCUGGUAUGGCCAAGAGUGAUGGAGGAGCCUAUCAGUGUUUCGCCAGACAUGGCAAGAUGUCAGCCCAGGACUUUGUCCAAGUCAUACUUGAAGAUGGCACCCCCAAGAUUCUGGCUUCAUUCAGCGAGAAGGUCUACAACAUCAAUGAGUUUGUGUCGCUGUCGUGCACUGUGAAGGGCACGCCGGAGCCACGGAUAACAUGGACUCUGGAUGACGAACCUGUCGUACGGGACAGCCGCCACCGCAUCUCACACUACACCAACGCCGAAGGUCACGUAGUCAGCCACCUCAACAUCAGCCAGACCCAGGUGCCCAACGGAGGGGUGUAUCGCUGCAUCUGCAACAACUCGGCCGGGACAGUUUCCUACCAGGCGCGAAUAAACGUAAGAGGGCCUGCCAGCAUCAGACCAAUGAAAAACCUCACUGCCAUCGCUGGGCGGGAUAUGUACAUCCACUGCCGUGUCAUUGGCUACCCGUACUACUCCAUCAAGUGGUACAAGGACUCCAACUUGCUGCCGUACAAUCACCGGCAGCGGGCCUUCGAGAACAACGGCACCCUGAAGCUGUUUGACGUGCAGAAGGAUGUGGACGAAGGAGAAUAUACGUGUAAUGUGCUGGUGCAGCCUCAGCUCUCCACUCACCAGAGCGUCUACGUUACUGUGAAAGUCCCACCCACCAUCCACCCCUUUGAGUUCCCCCGGUUUUCCAUUGGCCAACGAGUCUUCAUCCCCUGCGUGGUCAUGUCUGGCGACCAGCCCGUCUUCAUCACCUGGCAGAAGGACGGCCGGCCGAUCCCAGUCAGCCUUGGUGUCACCAUAGACAACAUCGACUUUACCAGCUCCCUGCGCGUCUCCAAUCUCACACUGAUGCACAACGGCAACUACACCUGCAUCGCACGCAACCAGGCAGCCGCCGUGGAACACCAGAGCCAGCUCAUUGUCCGAGUCCCUCCCAAAUUUGUGGUACAACCUAAGGACCAGGAUGGCAUCUAUGGAAAAGCGGUGAUACUAAACUGCUCGGCAGAAGGUUAUCCUGUCCCUACCAUCCAGUGGGAGUACUCUAAAGGUGCCGGGGUCCCUCAAUUCAAACCCAUCGCCCUCAACUCAGGCUUUCGGAUCGAGGUGCUGGUCAACGGCUCUCUGCUCAUUAAGCAUGUGCUGGAAGAAGACAGUGGCUUCUACCUGUGUAGAGUCAGCAACGAUGUUGGAGCUGAUGUCAGCAAGUCCAUGUAUCUCAAUGUCAAAAUCCCGGCCAUGAUCACAUCCUACCCCAACACCACGCUGGCCACGCAGGGUGAGGAGAAGAAGAUGAGCUGCACAGCUCACGGUGAGAAACCCAUCAUGGUGCGAUGGGAGAAGGAGGAACGCAUCAUCAACCCCGAGACCAGCCGCUACGUGGUUUCUGUCAAGGAGGUGGGCGAUGAAGUCAUCUCGACCCUGCAGAUCAUGCCCACAGUGAGGGAGGACUCUGGCUUCUUCUCCUGCCACGCCAUCAACUCCUUCGGUGAAGACAGAGGAAUCAUCCAGCUCACAGUGCAAGAGCCCCCGGACCCCCCAGAGGUGGAGAUCAGAGAGGUGAAGGACAGGACCAUCGCCUUGCGUUGGACUAUGGGUUUUGAUGGCAACAGCCCAAUCACAGGCUUUGAUAUUGAGAGCAAGAACAAAUCAGCCUCCUGGGAUACCGCUCAGAAGACCAAAGAUGUCUCACCUCAGCUCAACCAGGCCACCAUCAUCGACCUGCACCCCUCCUCCACCUACAACAUCCGCAUGUUUGCAAAGAACCUGAUCGGCAAGAGCGAGGCCAGCAACGAGCUCACCAUCACCACUGAUGAAGCAGCUCCUGAUGGACCCCCUCAGGACGUGCAGCUCGAAGCCCUCUCCUCUCAGAGCAUCCGCGUCGCUUGGAGGCCUCCCAAGAAGCACCUCCAGAAUGGGGCCAUCCGAGGCUACCAAGUGGGCUACAGAGAGUACAGCUCAGGUGGAAACUACCAGUUCAGUGUGAUCAGCGUGGAAACCACAGGGGACAAUUCAGAGAGCCUGGUGCUGGACAACCUGAAGAAGUUCACCCAGUAUGGAGUCGUGGUGCAGGCCAGCAACAGCGCUGGGACUGGGCCUUCUUCCACAGAGGUGGCCGCUACCACACUAGAGGACGUGCCCAGUCGUCCUCCAGAGAACGUCCAGGCCACAGCCACGUCUCCAGAGAUCAUCUCCCUGUCCUGGCUGACCCCUCCCAAGGACGCUCUGAACGGCAACCUGCUGGGAUUUAGGGUCAUCUACUGGGCCAACCUGCCUGAUGGAGAGCUCGGAGAAAUCAGGAACGUGACGACCUCCAAGCCCUCUCUGGAGCUGGACGGACUGGAGAAGUACACCAACUACAGCAUCCAGGUGUUGACCUUCACCAGAGCAGGAGAUGGUGUUCGCAGCGAGCAGAUUUACACCCGCACCAAGGAGGACGUUCCUGGUCCUCCGGCAGGUGUGAAGGCAGCAGCUGCCUCCAACUCAGUGGUGUUUGUGUCCUGGCUUCCUCCUCUCAAAGUGAACGGCAUCAUCAGGAAAUACACCGUCUUCUGCUCCAACCCACACCCCACGGUGAGCAGUGAGUUCGAGGCUGCCCCAGAUGUUUUCUUCUACCGCAUCCCCAACCUGAGCAGGAACCGGCAGUACAGCAUCUGGGUGGUGGCCGUCACCGCUGCAGGCCGUGGAAACGCCAGUGAAAUCAUCACCGUCAAACCCAUGGCUGAGGCUCCGGCUCGGAUUCUGACCUUCAACAGGACAGUGACGACCCCCUGGAUGAGGGACAUCGUGCUGCCUUGUAAAGCAGUAGGUGAUCCAUCCCCAACCAUCAAGUGGCUAAAGGAGAUCAAUGGUACCCCAGCACCUGUUGUGAUUGACAGCCGACGCAGCGUCCAUGGUAACGGCAGCCUCGUUAUUCGCACAGUGAAAGCAGAGGAUUCUGGGAACUACACUUGCGUGGCCAGUAACAGCUUUGGGUCUGACAAGAUCGUCCUCAACCUGCAGGUUCAAGUUCCACCUGACCAGCCUCGUCUCACUGUGACCAAGACAACCACCACCUCUAUAACGCUCUCCUGGAUCCCAGGGGACAACGGAGGCAGCUCCAUACGAGGCUACAUUCUGCAGUACUCGGAGGAUAACAGUGAGCAGUGGGGUAACUUUGCCAUCAGUCCCAGUGAGCGCUCUUAUCGCCUAGAGAACCUCAAGUGUGGCACCUGGUACAAGUUUACUCUCACUGCCCAGAAUGCAGUGGGGCCAGGACGCAUCAGUGAGAUCAUUGAAGCAAAGACUCAUGGGAAAGAACCUCAGUACUCUAAAGAACAGGAGCUCUUCACAAGCAUCAACGCCACCCGGGUCAAGAUAAACCUGAAUGGCUGGAAUAACGGUGGAUGCCCCAUCACCUCGUUCACCCUGGAGUAUCGGUCUGUAGAAGCGCCCACGUGGACCACAGCACAGCGCACCUCCAUCACAAAGAGCUACGUCCUGUACGACCUGCAGGAGGCCACCUGGUACGAGCUGCAGAUGAAGGUCUACAACAGCGCCGGCUACGCAGAGAAGAGAGUCAAGUUUGCGACUCUCAGCUACGAUGGCAGUACCAUCGCACCUCUGGUGAAGGCACCCAAUGUGAGUGAGGAAAACUCAGGCGGGGGUGAAGGUUUGAAGAUGAUGGUCACCAUUUCCUGCGUGCUGGUGGGCAUCGUUGUAAUCUUCAUCGGGCUGCUGGUGCUGAGGAGGAGGAGGAGGGAGCAGAGGCUCAAGAGGCUCCGAGAUGCUAAAAGUUUGGCUGAGAUGCUCAUGAGUAAAAACACACGCCCAGCUGAGCCCAUUAACAAACAGCAACAGACGCUCCGCAUGCACAUCGACAUCCCCAGAGCCCAGCUCCUGAUAGAGGAGAGAGACACCAUGGAGACUGUUGACGACAGGUCCACUGUGUUACUGACCGAUAACGACUUCGGGGAGACCCAGAAGCAGAAGUCGUCCACAGUCACUCACACUGUCCACUACCAGUCGCUGUCCCAGGCCACCGGGCCGCUGGUAGAUGUGUCCGAUGCCAGACCAGGAACCAGUAAGUCCAACCCUACGGCCCGCCGCACAGCCAAAGCCGGCCCAGCUGCUCGCAACCGCUACGCCAGCCAGUGGACGCUGAACCGACCACACCCCCCUGUCUCCUCCCACACCCUCAGCACUGACUGGAGGCUGCCCACACCCAGAGUCGCAGGCUCAGUCGACAAGGAGAGUGACAGCUACAGCGUCAGCCCAUCUCAGGACACAGACCGAGCGAGGAGCAGCAUGGUGUCGACAGAAAGCGCCUCCUCCACCUACGAGGAGCUUGCCCGAGCUUACGAGCACGCCAAGAUGGAGGAGCAGCUGCGUCACGCCAAAUUCACCAUCACCGAAUGCUUCAUCUCUGACACUUCCUCAGAGCAGAUGACGGCAGGAACCAACGACUACACCGACAGCCUGACCUCCAGCACGCCGUCCGAAUCAGGCAUCUGCCGUUUCACUGCUUCCCCGCCCAAGCCUCAGGACGUCAGCCGGGUCAUGAACAUGGCCGUGCCCAAGGCCCACAGACCGGGGGGCGAGUUGGUUCACCUUCCUCCGUACCUGCGCAUGGACUUCCUGUUGAACCGAGGCAUGUCGUGCUCGGGGUCGUCCAGGGGCACAGCGAGUGGGGAGAGAGCUGCCAUGGGUCAGGCGUGUCUGGAGCCCCAGAAGAGUCGUUCGCUGAAGCGGCCUUCUCGCAUGGCGCCCCCAACGCCCACAGAGGCCCCUCAGGCCAGCAGGGACCCAGUGGCCCAGUGGCAGCCUGGCUCCGCAGCCACGCUCCCCCACAGAGAGGGCUCGGAGCUGGCCCAGGCCGCCAAGCUCAGCACCUCCCAGGAGUCCCUGCUGGACUCGCGAGGACAUCUCAAACAGACCAGCAACCCCUACGCAAAGUCCUACACGCUGGUAUAACAGCAGGGGCACCUGGGGCGGGACUGGAACUCACUCUUACACUGGACUUAACACUCAAGUGCAGUAAACUGACUUUCACCACGCAGUUCUGUAUAUAUGUCCCCUCCCUCCAAGGGCGGGGUCACUUUUACUAAUCUCCUUUUAUUUAUUUUAGAACUUUAUUAUCUCGUUUGUAAUUCUUUUUUCUUUUUUGUUAAGAUUUUUUUGUUUCACUUUCACAGAAAAAAUUCACUCAUCGGAAACGACUCCAAACGGAGCUUUGCCAAACUAAUUGAGUAACGAGGGAGCGUUAUUUAUUCUUCAUUCUUGUUAAUUCUUUAUAAUUAAUCAGUGAUUAUUAAUUGUUAGUUGUCAGCUAUUAAUGAUCAUUAAUUAUUGAUUACCAAAUGAUCUGUUCUCAUCAUUGCUACGAUGUUUUCAUAAGAAGCCGGACAUCUUUUGUUUCUGGAGUGGAAGAUGACGAUUUGGAGUCAUGUUUUUUCCUAUGGAAUAUCCUUCUCAAACACUGAAUGAAACUUGGGAGAAAUCUUGGAAUGAAAGCAAUUAACACCAGUCCAAACUUUUCAGCUGCUCUCCAAUUGUUACUUUUUUUGAAGAAAAAAAAAUCUAUUUCCUAUGGAUGCAUGGGGACUGACCAAUUAAAAGACAAUGAGGAUUACGAUCGUGGCUGGACAGCCCAGUCGAGCAUUUUGUCACACUAUGAAAUGAUCCAAUGUGAAGAUUUAUUAUUCUUAUUACUAUAAAUAUAUAUAUAAAAAGAGAAAUCACUUUUAUUUGUGGAUAUUACAGGGAAGAAUUGAUUUGGUUAAUAAAGUCCUUAGUCAUGUUUGCACAUAUCUUGUUUUAAUUAGGAAAUGGAGUCUCUGUUGAUCUUUCUCUGUGUCCCAUUCUCUGAUGGUGCAAUAUGAAAAAAGAUAUGAAAAGUAUAUGAAAAGAAUUGCUCUAUACUGUACUGUAAUGAUGAAAAAUAACUAUGUUGUGAGUAUACUUACAGGGCCGGACACACUCCAGCUAUGUAUUCAGGUGUAGUUUACCACUGCUUGUUUGCCAGGGUGGUAAAUGAUGUUAGCUAGAACAGGGAGGGUUUAGAGAACUAAUGGUUUGCACUUCACAACACCCCGACUCAAGUGUGUCCAGAUAGAUCCCCCUGCUCUCAGUGCACUAGGUAGAGUCUCCAAGGCUCUCACUGUCCUCAGUAGAUUUACUGUUGCUGCAUUGCAGUGAUGCUCCUCUACAGGGAAAAAAAAAAAAACGUGAGACAAUCCAGCAGAAUCCCCCCUUCAAACCAAACCUAUAAUGUCUAUGGGAAAUAUCUAAAAAAAAAAUGUGGAUAUACGUAAGAAGCUGUUUUUUUGUUCCUGUCUGCCCUGGCCCAUUUCUGUUCUUUCUGUUUCUUUGAGUUAGCCUGAAGGGAGAAGAGUUUGAUCCAAAAUGCUGUGAGGUCAUUCUGUCAAUUUCUAUGAUUAGUUUCUAUGAUUAACUGUCUUCAUUAUGAUUAUACAUUUUAACAAGGAAAAAAAAAACAAUGUCACUUUUUAUUUUUAACAUGGGUGUUCACCAUGGUGGCACUGGAAUAAAGAGUAACUAACACAAAAGUUCAAAUUUGAUUAAUAAAAUGGCUGUUCCCCAAA